AUGUUGAAUAUUAUCAAGCUUAAAUUUUGAAUAUUAUUCAAUUUCAUUCUAGGUCAAUACCUUAAUGUUCCUAUUUUAUACAGCCAAUUCACUCCUAGCACUAUAAAAGACAUUGUCGUGAAUCAGUAUUUUUGCCCAGGUCUAGGCUUCGAGCCAUGCAAAUCGAAUCCGAAUGCAUUUUACAUUCCAAUAGAAAUCAAUCAUAUAAAUGACUUUGAAGACCUUAUAGUUAAUAGAGAUAUCACUUAUUUAUUUGACAUAACAUUUUCAACUAUUAUGACUUCUCAUAUCAGCGCAUACGCAAAACAAUAUAACUUCAUGCAUUUAAUCUAUGGCUUUCCCCCAGAAAACCCUCGUCAGCUAACUUACUUUUCUGACUCCCAAGAAAUCAUAAUAAGAGACGCUGCAGUGUCAUUUGUUAAAUAUUUUGGCUGCCAAAAAGUUGUAGUGUUUUUGAGUCAAGAGCUCUUUGGGAUGAGUUUUAAGGAUGUAAGUGACGUCGAAAUUGCUUAUGAAGCUGUAAUUCCUUCAGGAAUCUCUUAUGAAGCAAUUUCUCUUAUUGUAUCAAAGGAAGUUAAGCCGUUAGGAGUUAAAAUAAUUAUUAUCGCAACUACCGAGAAUAUUUCAAAACUGUUACAAAAAGCAAUAGAAGAAGCUGCUAUGAAUAAGGAGGGUUAUGUCUUUAUCUUUCUACAUCAAAGUGCUUGGACUGCAUACCUGGAAGGAGCAAUAUUAAUAGAAGAAUAUGAUUGAAUUCCUACAGGAGUAGAAAAUUAUAUAGAAAUUCUAAUAGAAGGAGCAACAACCUUUUUACUAAAGUUUAUGAAUAUGAGUCUAAUACAAGGAAGUUUUUCAUUAUACUCAUUUUAUGGUAUUCUUAUUAAUCAAAUCAAUACUGAAAGGUUUUACCUCUUCAAUAUUCAAAAUAAUCAGCGAGUGCUUAUAGGAAAUAUCACAAACAAUGCUGUUAAUUUGCAAUCUUCUCCUAUUUUUCCAGGAGGUACAACAAAUAGUCCCAAUAAAUCUAAGUUACAAAUCCCCAUAAGUAUAGCUGGAGGGGCAAGUAAUCCAGAUGGAUCCACAUAUAAUUUUAAUGCGAUAUAGAAAUUUCCCAUAGAUGGCGCUGUUUGCCCUUGAUUUGCCCACUGGGAAAAUUUUUUGGUUCGACCCAGUCCCAUAUGGUUUGGUCAAAAAAAAAAUUUUUCUCAUGGGCAAAUCAAGGGCAAACAGCGCAUCUAUGGAAAAUUUCUAUAUGUCAGAAUGGGUCAAUUUAUGCCAUGAAUUAUGUAAAUGCUGAUUCUGACAUACUUAAAAACUUUGAACUUGUAAUAAACAAUAUAGAAGAUUGUGGGGCUUCUUAUUUUGAGAGUGAAUAUGCAACCGAUUGCUACACUAAGCACUCCAAUGAUUUGGGAUAUUUUCAUAUUCCACCUGAGCCACUUUAUAUGGCUAAUGGUAUUUUAACAGUUUUUGAGUCUCUAAAUAUUUCAGUCCCUGUAAUAGGUAUCAAAUCUUCUGCUCUAAUGGAAAAUAAUUAUUAUCCUCAAUACACAAGCGUUACUUUUUCUAAUGCAUAUACAGCAAGAGCAGUCGCUUUGUUAUUAUCAUCAUUCGGAAUUAAAAAAUGCUCAUUGCUAUAUCUUGAUACUUCUUGAGGUCAAAAUUUCAAAAAUCAGUUUAUCAGUCAAGCAAAGCAAUAUAAUCUAGAAGUUUUGAACAAAAUUCAAGCAGUCCCUCAAGGAUAUGAUGGUACGAACAAAACCAUUAUCCAAGAAAUUGUUGAUUUGAAGACAAGAUAUGUCAUUAUGGAAGUUUCUGAUUCUGAAAACUUUUCAAUUAUAGAAGCUUUUUAUGACUUAGGAAUGAGGAGAGGAGACCUUUAUUUGGUGCUAGGGGAAGGAGGCUUCAGUGCUUCAAAUAGUUAUAUAAGUUCUGACUUAUACAACAAAAUAACAGAAAUUGGGGACAGAGCUCUUUAUAUGUCAUCACUAACAUAUUAUGGGAAAUUUGGAAAAUCCAUUCGUAAAGCGUUUUUUGAAGAGUAUAGGUUUGCAAAUGACUAUAUGUGCCAAUUUUACGAUGCAACUUAUCUCGGAGCGUAUGCAAUAGAUUCAAUGAUAAAUAGAGGAUUUAACGUAAAUAGCCAAGGAAUAGAAGAGUGAAUAAGAAAAAUCAAAUUUACUGGCUGCUCAGGAAAUGUGCAGAUAAGCAAAACUGGAGCUGACCGAUCAACUAUACAAGUCGGAGUCUAUAGUUUAAGGUUAAACAGCACUAGUUGAAGUAUCUCACUAAGUGGAAUCAACGAUCCUACAAAAUCUGUAUAUUAUGAGUCUAUAAAUAAAAUUUUAUGAUAUGCUGAUAAUGAUGAUAUUCUUCCAAGUGACAUUAUUGGGGAAGACUUAUCAUGCCCAUUUAAACUUGAAGAAGUUAGACAAUUUUUUCAUGGCUAUUUAGUCCUCAUUAUCUUUGGGAGUUCUUUUCUAGCUUUUGAUAUAUAUUUGAUUUAUAGGUUUUUUAAAAAUUCUUCAAAUAAUCAGAUUCCUAUGCUUAUAGAGAAAGUUGAAGCAAAUAUUUUUGAUUAUUUUAUAUAUUUAGCAAUGCUUAUAGAGUGUUUGCAAUAUAUAUCGAUAGGUCCAGAUUUAACUGAUAUAUUGCCAGAAUCCUUAACUAAAUUUUCUAAAAUUUCAAUACUAGACAUUAGAGAGUUUAUCCAAGUUGAUCAUUAUAAAUUUUUUUAUCAAAUGAUUAUGAUUCACAUUAUUUCAACUCUAUGAUUAAUUUUUCUUUUAAGAAAGAUUUUUGAUUGGUUGAGAAACUGUAAAUUUAUAUUGAUAUCAAUGAUUAUUAGAGUCGGAAAUUGCUUUCUUUUGACUGUAGCUGAUAUUUUUUUCUUGCCUAUCAUUUACUUUUUAUUUUUGGAUUUUCAAUGCAUAGAGAGUAUAGGAGAUACCUUUGAAAAAAGCUUUCUUAACCAAGAUUGCACUAUUUUCUGCUGAAAAGGUGAGCAUAAAAAUUAUGCUGCCUCUUCAUUUGUGUUUCUCUAUUUGUAUUUACCUGCAAGCUUAUAUUAUCGACCGCAUUGAAAAGAUUUGUUUGAGGAUAUAAAUUUUCAUUUUAAUGAGCAGCCUACAAAUUUAAUUGUUAAAAGUUUCUUACAGAUUGUGCUAGUUAUUUUGAGUACAACUCUUUUACCUUAUUCUAGAAUUGUCUUUAAUAUAUGCUAUGCAGCAAUUAUAGCGGUUUUUGGGAUAUUUACAUUGCUUAAAAUGCCUUUUAAUUAUGGAAGGGCUUCUCUAUGAUACUCAAUAUUUAUUUUUGGCUGUGUCUGGCUUUGAAUUUGUUGUGAAAUUGCUAAAUUUAAUAUAAUUUUUGCCCAGUGCGCUCUUGGAAUUGGCUGGUUGUUAUUAGGACUUAUAGGAAAUAUUUAUCAAAAACUAAAACUCCCAUCAUUUUUAGAAGAUCCUAAAGGGCAAGACAUUUUAAAGCUGUUUAAAUUUCAGCUCUCUAGAAAUUCUCCUUCAGAAGCCGGAAUCCAAAAUACUGUGAAGUACCAUUACGCUAGCCAAGACAACCAAGAUAACAACCAAAUUAAUGAAAUUUUCUCUCUUGAAAUUUCAGAUUAA